AUUAACACGUAUGCGCUGCAUGCACUCUGCCGCGAUGUAGUUCCUCUUGUGUGUAGAUGUAGUGGCGUCGUGUUGGCAGUGAUUGUUGUUGAUCGGUGACGCGACCCGUCUUCUUGCCUGUCCCUUCUUCCGGAGGACGGAGCUGCUCAUCAAUCUCAUUCCACCAUCAGCAAUCACUCACCAUGGGUUGCAAUCAGUCCGCGACCGCUUCCCCUGACGGUCCCCAGGCCGCGUCCCCCGGCUCCAACAAAACCAGUCCGACCGGAGAGAACAACCAGAGCCCCAAUUCCAGUCGUGGCCCAAACAGCCCGGACUCCACCAGAGCAGGCAGUUCGUACCGUCGGAAAGUGAAUGCGAGUAGUACAACAGGCGAACUCCAACUACAACAGCAGAACAAAAGUCCACGAAGCGCCGCAAACACACAAAAUGCCCAGUCCCCACAGAACCGUUCGCAACAGCUGAAAGAGCGAAGAAAUUUGGUGUUGCACCAAGCAACAUUAAACAACCCCGUCGCCCCGCCACCCGCCCCUCCCACCCCGCCAAACACAGGGCUGCCGGCUUUCUCACAAAUCAACAAAACCAGUCCGAAUAGAGGGCCGGCGGCAGGAGGUGGCGCAGUUUCCGGGUUUAACACAACAAGCACUACUGGCGGCGCAGCUACCAGCUCCUCAAAUUUUCCCAACACAUCCCCGACCUCAGCUGGUGCGCCCGCUACGCCGCAGUAUAAUGUGAACUACAUGGUGAAUACGCCGCCUAUCUCGCCAACGAGUGCGGCGAGCAGAAGAACGCCAACGGGAGGCGGAGGCCCAAGCGGACCAGCCUCUGGCGGACUGCUGCUUGGUGGCAGGAUAUCUCAAGAAAAAAGUGUUACAGUUACACACUGUGUUGCAGGCUAAGCAAGACAGACAAUCUUUGUCAUGCCGGAUAUGCAUAGGAGCCUCGUUUCAUAUGUGUUUUCUCGUAGGAUCUCUGCAUUACAAGUCUUCUCUUUCAUGCAAAGAAAUUUGUGUUGCUGCCUGAAUUCACUACAAAUGUGUAACUGUAACACUUUCUUCGUGGGAUACAGGACUUCCAACAGCAUCCCAAGUCUAAACCCCAACGCACAUCAGCAACAGCAAGCGCAUCAACAGCAUAAUUUGUUCGGGCAGCAACAAGGAGUUGCAGCUCCUGGUGGUCAACAAAUCUUAAAUCAGCAAAAUAACAACUAUAACUCUUCCCUCAGCGGCACGGCGAAUUUCGGUCUUCUACAGCAGUACCUCGAGCCGUUGACAGAGUUGGAAUUUCACGACUCGGAUCCAGAAGAGCUGAACGGGCACUUCAGCUCACCCAGCAACUCUCCCACACAGAAGUUGAACGAACGAAGGGCGGGGUUGGGCGGCGUGUCAACGAUCAACAUCUCCGUCCCGCCGACACCGACGAGCGUCAGUCACAUGGGUAUACGCAUUGCAAAUGUAUCGAAAUCGUACGUGUGCGUCGAGUAUAUCUGCAUGACAAACUUUUUCAAGAAAAAAUGUUCAGUUGGUCAUGCAUAUUCUGGUGGGAAAACAGAUCUGUCGUGCAAGAUUGCGAUGAGUAAGAAUACUUUUGCAAUGCAUAGAAGAGUAGCAGCAGGCCGACGGUGAAUUUUGGCCCGGCGACGCCGACCAUGGGUGGCGGAAACAAUCCCACCUCGUUAUCCUGAGGAAAAGCGUCCCCACCCCAAAGUUGUCAUGCAAAUCUGCAUGCUCAAAAUGUUUCUCAUGCGGAGCACCAUGACAAGCAUGAUUUGAUGUUAGUCGUGUUUUCUCAUUUGUAAUGCUCCAAUCAGCAUAAUAGACUAGAUCUGUGAUCAUGCCGCUGAACAAGCUAAACAGGAUUUUUACACUACGAGGCCAAAUUUGUCAUGCGCAGCAACCAAAUCUGGCUGAUUUGUCUAGCAGAUUUCCCAUCUUGACUUAUACGGCGGGGACGUUUUUGCUCAGGAUACUCGUCCUCUACCGCACCUACGCCGACCCACGUAUGAAAGCCUCAGAAUGGAAAUCCUCAAAGUGGAAAUAAUUUGUGAUGCAUGAAAUGCAAGGCAAAAAAGACUGCAUUGCGGAGGACACAAUGGAGGCCGACUAUUGUCCUGCUAGGGGUGAAGAAUUGGGCUGCUGAUUAGCACGACAGAAGGGCACCCCUUUGCCUAACUAGCAUGACAGACACGUUUUGAGUACCCGGGAAAUUUGUCAUGCGCCGGCUACAAAUGGCACUUCAACUGGAGUCGAUUUUUUGCAUUACAGAUUAUUUCCACUUUGAGGAUUUCCAACCUGAGGCUUUCAUACCACGCCUCCUCGAGCAGCACCGGCGGCGGCUUUUAUCUGCAAUCCCCGAAACACAGACGGAUCUCUGACAGCAUCAACAGAAACGUGCCGCUGUUCUGCUACAAGAUUGCGCAUAAGAAGGAGCUAUCAACUGCAAAAAUGUCUGGGUCUGGAAGAUUGCCAGGCUUGUCAUGCAUAUUCUGCAUGACCCAUGAUGUCUGUGAUGCAUGACCUAGCAUAAGCAUCGCAGAUUUCUUUUAGGGGGUUUCCUUAUGCCUAACCCGCAUGAGAAAUGCCCUCUCCGUGUGGGCUCCUCUUGCUGGUCACGCAAUACAGAUUCUUUUGGAAUCCAGAGACAGCAUCACAAGUUUUUACCACCUUCCAGACCCAGACACUUUUGCAUUUGAUAGGAGCAGAACCAACCAUCCGGGACUACAGGUACUUCUAGGGGCAACAGAAGGAUAAGGAAAUUGAUCGCGGAAAACAUUGAUGUGAAGCUGGGGAACAUGAUCGGGAAAGGCUCCCACGGCACGGUCUACGAGGCAAGGCGGGAGGAUACGGGGCAGAUCAUUGCCUGCAAAAUCACCCCGGUCGACCAUCCAGAAGCGCUGAAGGCGAUGAUAUGCAUUGCAAAAGAUUCGUACUAAGUACAAAUCACAUUACAAAUUAGCUCAGCAUGACAAAGGGAAUUUGUAAUGCUGUAUGAGCUCAGUAAAAAGAUUUGUCAUGCAUAUCUGGAAUUAGUACGAGUGCGAUUCUUUUGCAAUGCAUAGAUGAAAAAGGAAGUGGACUUGCUACAGCGGUUGAACCACCUAUCCAGUGCAAAUAUGUCUGGGUCUGGAACCUUGUGAUGCUAAAAUCUUACUGAUGGGCGCACUGCAACGGGCAGCCAAGCAUGACAAAUCUCUCGGCUGGUGCUAUUGUGUUUCGUUUUCCGCAUGACAAGCUGCGUUUUUGCAUGACUGACAGGAAGCCUGUUGCCUGCUUAUGCAUCACAGAUUUAUGAGUCAUGCCAGACAAGCAUGACAAACUCGCACUCUUCCAGACCCAGACAUAUUUGCAUUUGAUACGACCCAAACUGCAUCAACUUCCUCGGAACGCGGGUGGUUUUCACGUAUGGAAGCGUCAGGUUUGAAAUCGUCAAAGUUGAAAUAAUUUGCAAUGCAUAAAAUGCGACACAGAAAGUGACUCUAUUGCAGAGGACCCACGGGAGGCAGAUUAUAGUCCUGGUAAGGGUCAAAAGUUGAACUGCCAACUAGCAUGACAGAGGGCAGCUCUUUUGCCCUAAACCGCAUGACAGACUCGCUUCCAGGACCGGGAAAAUUUGUCAUGCACCGACUACAAACUGUAGGUCUAACUGGUAUGCGUUUUGUGCAUGACAAACUAUUUCAACUUUGACGAUUUCAAACCUGACACAUCCAUAUCACGGACAACGAAAAUAAUGGCUCACCAUCUUCUCACGGACAGAAGUUUAUCCACACAUAUUUGGAGUUCAUUCCCGGCGGCACGAUCUCGGAUUUGGUCCAGACGUUUGGCUAUGGAAUGCAAAAGUAUCGUAUUGGUAGUGGUACUGCAAUCAUGGAUUACAAAUCUUUUUCGUGAGGUGAAUCAGCAUUACAAAUUUUAAUUUUAUUUCUCAUGCUAUAGAAAUAGAAAUUUGUAAUGCAUUUUUUAUACGAGUGCGAGACUUUUGCAAUGCAUAUUGGCCGGAUCGAGGACAAGUUUUUGCUCCGUUCCUUGACCUACCAGGUGACUUUGGGGCUGCAGUACUUGCACAAGAAGGGGGUCGUCCAUCGGGAUCUGAAGGGAUCGAACGUGCUGCUAACCGUGUAUGAAUUGCAACCGUAGCGUACUCCUGCUACUCGUAUAAAUGCAUUACAAAUUUCGAUUUCCUCAGCACGAGAAAGAAAAUUUGCAAUGCUGAUUUACCUUAAGAAAAAGAUUUGUAAUGCAUGACUGCAAAAAUACGAGCACGAUACCGAUACUUUUGCACAGGAUACCGUGUCCGGCGAAGCGAUUCUGUCCGACAUGGGGAUAUGGAGGCGUCAGGUUUGAAAUCGUCAAAGUUGAAAUUACUAUCUAUUAUAUUCAUGCGAAAAAAGAGGUCUACAGAGGGUCGACGGGAGGUGGCCGAGAGGUCAAAAAGAGGCCACAAGAGGUCAAAAAGAGGUCGACAGAGGUGGAGAGGUGGCGCGGGAGGUCAUUCGAGAGGGUGGCCGAGAGGGGGCGCGGGUAUAGCCGGCCGAACCGUUCACCCGAAAGCCGCGCCUAUAGGGACCAGAGGGGGCUGAGAGGGUCCCGAGAGGGUAAGCGAUAGGGGGAUAGGGGUGCCGAGAGGUUGUGCGAAUAAGGGCGAACCUCUCGCGCACCCUCUGGGCCACCUCUCGGCCACCUCUGUAGACCUCUACCGGCGAGUAUAGCCGGACUAUUAGCAACACCUCUCGGGAGAGGUCAAGAAGAGGGCUUGCGAAAGGGUAAAAAAGACCCGAAGCCGCCCGGCACGCGGCCGAUUUUGUUGGGACUGUUUCAUGGCGCAGGCCCACACCUCUUGCGCUACCCUCUCGCGCACCCUCUCGCGCACCCCCUCGCGCCACCCUCUCGCGCUAACCGCUCGCGCCAACAGUUUCCGCCGGGAAGCCAGUUGGGAGGGCGGGGGCGGGUGUGUAUGUGAUCAACAGAGGGCAGCGCGGUCCCAGUUCUGCUUCGGCACCUAUGCCGAGGCGGCUUCUCUUCGCCCCCGAGCUUCGUUGCAGCUGCUCCCUGCGCAUAGCGCCUGAAGGCGCGGGAAGUGCGCAGGAGGCCCUGCGGGUUGACAUAGCGCAAACCGGCGCCAGUACUUCCUUCGACCUAUCACGCUGUCCGUAAACUAAAGCCCUGUCGCUGCGGCCCGAUCCGCAAAUAGUCCUGCCCCGCCCCAACAGCCUUGCGCCCCGGCGUCAGCCGGGGCAUGGCUGGUAGUUUGUCAUGCAUAAAAUGCAGCCCUCAGAGUACCUGUCUUGCAGAGUAGGCAAGUGUGGCAGAUUGCAAGCCUGUUGAGGAGAAGAAACUGAGCAGCUAAAGUAGCACGACACAAGGCGUCUUUCUUACCCAAACAGCAUGACAAACUGGGUUUCGGCUCUACCCAAAUUUGUCAUGCGCCACUUAGAAACUGGGUCACUACUUUUAUCCAUUUUAUGCAUUACAAGUUAUUUCAACUUUGACGAUUUCAAUCCUGACGCUUCCAUAGGGGACGGCGUUUAUCGCGGUAUCACAGUGCACAAGAACUCCCCGUCGUCCCCCUCAUUUGUACUCAUAUCGUAUGGACAGCAAUACGAACACCACACCAGGUGGACGCUAUGCAUGACAAGUUCAUAGCCUGAGUGUAGUGAGGUUCAGUAGUGUUCCCAAAUUUGUGAUGCAGACAGCGCCACAGACUAGCAACUGGAUUUGACAUUUUCGCAUGACAAAUGACCAUGAGGGGGACGCAGAGCAGUUGUGCACUUUCAUACGCGGGGAGCAAAAACGCAAAUUUCUAUGCGGGAGCGACUUUGUCCGCAUUUCAGGGAAAUGGGCGGGGUGGGAACAAUAAACGGAACUCGCUGACCAUACCCGGAAGUGGUCAACAUUCGCAGCAAGACAAAGACCAAUUGGAGGAAACCAUGCAGAAUUUACUAAACGAGACCACCAACCAACUAGGGCAGUCCGCCACGAUACUGAUGCAAACCAUGUGCGGCUCCAUUCCCUGGAUGGCUCCUGAAGUGUUAACCGGAAACAACACCGGUCAGAGCAAUGCUGCUUCGGGCUACAAGAAAACCGCAGAUAUUUGGUCUCUAGGGGGCUUAAUCAUCGAGAUGGCCUCCGGAUCGCCGCCCUGGAGUGAGAAGAAAUUCGACAACCCGAUAGCGCUGAUGAUGGCGCUCAGUAUGGGCAAGGGGAUACCAGGAUUGCCGGAAGACAACAGCGCGCUCGGGGAAUUCCACUUCAACAGCGAGAGUUUUUUCGAGGACGAAGAGGAUGAAGAAGAGUAUCACGGUGCAACCGGUGGUGACGCAGCCACCAUAUCUCCGGGCGCAAAGUUCCUCCAGGACUGCUUCCACCGAGAUGCGGCCUUGCGCCCAAGCUGCACCGAACUGCUAGACUAUGACUUCAUCCGAGAUAUGCGAGAUCUGCACUACAGACCUGUUUUGAUCACUUCGCCGUUAAAUGUAGAUCUUUGACGCUUGAUCAAGAACAUGAGGGAAUAAAUAAGUAACGCGCUCGCAUUACUCGCCCGAGAAGGUCAAGGUUCCUUUUGAAGUAAGUAAGUACGUAGAUCUUUCCGGACAGCUUCUAAUAUCCUGAGCUGGCUAUUAAAAGUUUAAGUUUUACUUGAGAACACUAGAAGCACAUAGAUCCUCACAACAAGUUCUUCGCAAAUGAUAUAUGAUAAUGAACGUCUGCACCAGCUUCAGCUUGUCGCUUUUAUGGUACCAGCUCGUUCUUGGAAUGAAAUAUGCGAAUAGCGAAUGCAAAAAUGAAGUCGCUACAGCAAAAAACAAAUUAAAAACGCGAUCGGGAUGAUGAAUUGAAGGAUCGAGGUCUACUCGUCGAU